AUGCGCCUGUUUCUUAUCCCAAUCUCGACUCGACGAGCCUUGAUAUACGCCAGACCACUUCGACGGGACGCUGCAAAGGAAUUGUCGCUCCUAGACAAGGCCACAACCAAGGCAGCCCAAACCUGGGCGAGCUGGGAGGAAGCAGAGAAGGGCUGGAAGAAACACCUGGUCAGCUGGGGAAAUCGGGUCCAACAGCGGAUUCCAUUUGAAGAAUGGGGCCUUAAGAGCAUUCCGUCGCUCAAUGCACAGCGGCGGCUGGAUGAGACGCAUGGCAAGAACAAAAUCGAUGUAUUGUUUCCGGGCAACUCGGUGCGGCUGGACAACAUCCCCACUGUAUUGCAUACCAUCGCGACGGAGAGGCAGGAUUUGCAUCGCAGGAAGAUGUGGUGGAGUUUCGGAUUUGCACCGAUUACUGCGCCUUUUGGGUUGAUCCCAGUAAUCCCCAAUAUUCCAUUCUUCUACUUAGUCUACCGAGGCUGGUCCCAUUGGCGCGCAUUAAAUGGAGCGAAACAUCUAGAAUUCAUUGUCGACAAGAAGCUUUUGAACCCAGUACCACUACCGGAGCUGGAAUCGCUGUAUGCCAAGCGCACAUCACAUGCGCUCGAUGAUACCGAAUUCGAGAAGCCACAUUCAGAAAUCCUCGAGGACGUGGAGCAAAGCGAUGACCGACUUCUCCUGAAGAUGCCCGAUGCUAAGAAACUGGCUUCCAUCUUGGAAGCGCCUGAGCUGGCACUGGAGGCCGAGCGGGCGAUUUUCCAAGUCGGCGAGCAACUCAAAGCCCAAAAAGAGCGUGCGAAAGAGUCCCAGCAGAACGAAAAGAAGAACUCAUAA